CGUGCGCACGCUCCGUUCUCGCGCUGCUCGAGGGCUGAAAAUGGCACGCUUCGAGACGUUAAACGUCCUCCUCCUUAGCGCUGCGCUUCACUCCCUCUGCGGCUCGCUGGCGAGGUCUGCAGAUGACAUUCUGGUCGGUUGUGGCGGCUUUGUCAAAUCAGACGUGGAGAUAGACUACUCCCUCAUCGAGAUUAAGUUGUACACAAGGCAAGGCUCCCUAAAGUACCACACUGACUGUGCUCCUAUUAACGGUUAUUUCAUGAUCCCUCUCUAUGACAAGGGUGACUUUGUCCUUAAAAUAGAACCACCUACAGGAUGGAGCUUUGAACCCAUGACUGUGGACCUCCACGUGGACGGCCUCACUGACAUCUGCACUAAAGAGCAGGACAUUAACUUCUUCUUCACCGGAUUCUCUGUGCUGGGAACGGUGCUCAGCAAAGGACAGGACCAGGGCCCUGCGGGAGUGGAGGUCAUCUUGAGCCCUGCAGGAGCGGGCGGGACACUGCAGACCGUGCUCACCCAGGCUGGUGGACAGUACACAUUUUCCCAAGUGCUACCUGGAAGUUACGACAUCACAGCAUCUCAUGGGUCCUGGACUCUGGAACAGAGCUCCACCUCAGUGGUUGUGUCAAGCGCCAAUGCCCCUGCUACAGCGCCCCUAGUGGUCAAAGGCUAUGACGUCACCGGAGAGGUGCAGAGCGAUGGUGAACCCAUGAAGGAGGUUAACUUCCUCCUCUACUCUGCCAACACAGCACAGGAGGACGUCAGUGGCUGCAGCACGGCUCCGGUGGACGGGGCGAUGGCGGGAGACUCCAUGCUCACGUACCUGUGCAGCGUGCAGUCACGCCAGGACGGCACCUUCUCCUUCCCUUCCCUGCCCAGCGGCCAGUACACCGUGGUGCCAGACUACCGGGGUGAAAGGAUCACCUUCGACGUGGCUCCGUCUCGGCUGGAUUUCCGAGUGGAACACGACAGCGUGAGGUUGGAGCCAAUGUUUCGAGUGAUGGGUUUCUCAGUGAUGGGGAGAGUUCUGAACAGUCCUGACGGGGAGGGAGUUUCAGACGUAGUCGUUACCCUUAACAACCAGAUUAAAGUACUGACCAAAGAGGAUGGUUCGUUCCGUUUGGAGAACAUGACCACUGGCACCUACACCAUAGACACACGCAAGAAGCACCUGUUCUUUGAGCCGUUGACGGUGAAGAUUGCUCCCAGCACGCCUCAGCUCCCAGACAUCAUCGCGGCAGGGUUCAGUGUGUGUGGGCAGAUCUCUGUGCCACGCCUGCCAGAGGGCCUAAAGCAGCUGAAUCGCUUUAAGGUGACCCUCUCCAGCCAAGGUCAGGGCGUGCUCCGCACUGCUGAGAGUGACCAUCAGGGGGCGUUCUGCUUCCAGGCCAGGCCAGGAGACUACCGCGUACAGGUGACCCUCCCGGAGGCGGAGGUCCGCGCUGGCCUGGCGCUGCAGCCUACGUCUCUCCACAUCUCGCUGGUGGACCGCCCGCUCCACAACCUGCUCUUCACCCAGUUCAUCGCGGCCGUAUCCGGCUCCGUCUCCUGUCUGGCCGCCUGUGGAGAGCUGAUGCUGAGCCUGCAGCCCGUGAGCCGGCCGGGGGAGAGGCAGACCAGCGAGGUGGCUGGAAGCGCAGACACGCUCAACUUCUCCUUCAUGAACGUCCUCCCCGGAAAAUAUAAAGUAUCCAUUAUGCUGGAUGAAUGGUGCUGGAGACAGAAGUCUGUGGAGCUGGAGGUGCUGGACUCGGACGUGGUGGACGUGGAGUUCAGACAGACAGGCUACAUGCUGCGAUGUUCCUUGUCUCACGCCAUCACGCUGGAAUUCUUCCAAGAUGGAAGCAAACCUGAGAAUGUUGGCGUUUACAAUCUCUCGAAGGGAGUCAAUCGCUUCUGCCUCUCCAAGCCAGGUGUGUACAAAGUGACCCCUCGGUCCUGCCAUCAGUUCGAGCAGGACUAUUACACCUACAACACGUCAGCUCCCAGCAUCUUAACCCUGACAGCGGUGAGACACCACCUGACUGGCCUCAUCACCACUGACAAAAUGCUGGAUGUCACGAUUACCAUCAAGUCGUCCAUCGAGAGCGAGCCGGCACUAGUGCUCGGGCCCCUGCGCUCGGUCGAGGAGCAGAGGCGCGAGCAGCAGCUGCUGGAGAUUGCUGCCCGACGUAAAAGCAGGGAGGAGGAGCAAGAGGAGGGCAGAGUGGAGGAGCUCCGUAAACCGUUCCACUACGAGUUCUCCUACUGGGCGCGGGCUGGAGAGAAGGUCACAGUCACCCCGUCAUCCAAAGAGCUGCUCUUUUACCCACCUGAAGCAGAGGCCACGAUAACAGGAGAGAGCUGUCCUGGCCGGAUGGUGGAGAUCGUGGGCAGGGCGGGGCGCUUCCUGCAAGGAGGUGUGUCUCCAGCACUGGAGGGCGUGGAAAUCUCCAUUAAAGAGACUGGAUCCCCAGAGCCCCUGGUCACUGUGCUCACCGACCACAGCGGAAGCUACAGUGUCGGACCUCUGCACAGCCACCUGCAGUACGACAUCAGUGCCAGCAGAGAGGGCUUCGUGCUCACACCAGUGGAGGGGCUGACGGGAGACUUCAAGGCCUUCGCCCUGGCUGGCGUCACCUUCGAGAUCAAGGCGGAUGAUGGCCAGCCCCUGUCUGGGGUGCUUCUCUCUCUGAGCGGGGCAAACUUCCGCUCCAACAUGCUCACGCAGGACACCGGACUCCUGACCUUCAGCAACCUGAGUCCGGGCCAGUACUACUUCAAACCCAUGAUGAAGGAGUUUCGCUUUGAGCCCUCGGCACAGAUGAUCACCGUGGAGGAGGGCCAGAGCCUCCACAUUCCCAUCAUGGGCUUCAAAACAGCUUACAGCUGCUAUGGUAUGGUGCAGUCCCUGGGAGGCGACGCCGAGCUGGGCGUCGCCGUAGAGGCCGUGGGCAGGGGCGACUGCAGCGUGUACAGCGAAGACACAGUGACGGAUGAGGCUGGCCGCUUUCGACUGCGAGGCCUGCUGCCGGGCUGCUCAUACACCAUUCAGCUGAGAGGAGACGGAAACGGCCACAUCGAGAGAGCGCUGCCCCCGUAUAAAAUCAUAGAGGUGGGCAGCAGUGACAUCGAGGGAAUGAACAUCAUCACCUUCAGACAGAUCAAUCAGUUUGACGUGAGCGGUAACGUCAUCACCUCCCCCGAGCACCUGCCGACUCUCUGGGUGAAGCUGUAUAAGAGUGAUAACCUGGACAGUCCUUUCCAGAGCCUGUCCCUGGGCCAGUCUCUCUUCUUCCACUUCUCCCCGCUCCCGCGUGAUGGCGAGACCUAUGUGCUGAUGUUGGACACCACACUCUCUCGCUCCCAGUAUGACUUUAAGCUCCCUCAGGUCUCCUUCACAUCCUCCGGGUACCACAAACAUGUCACGCUCACCUUCAACCCCAGCAGGAAGCUUCCGGAUCAAGAGAUCGCUCAGGGGUCGUACGUAGCGCUGCCCCUGACCUUGCUGCUUCUCCUGGCUGUGUACAAUCACGAGCGGGUUAUCCCUCUGCUGCUACAGCUGUGCAGUCGUGUGCAGGGUUUCCGAGGCCUGGCCCAGACGGGCGGCGACGGUCUUACCGUGGACGAUGCCAAGCGCCCAAGCAAGAGACCCAAGACGCGACGCACGUGAGGAGACGCAACCUCCCAGCGCCAUCUGCUCUCUGGCCUACACACAAAACCUGUCUCAUCCUACGGAUUGGUUUUCGCGAAGCCUCCGUUUUAAAGACGUUGAUUCACGUGUGUCAUGUCAGCUGGGGGUUUGUUUCCACGUUGGGUUCAGAAAAGCUACAGCUGACAGCAGGAUUGGCUCUUGGAACAAGUCUUGUGUAUGGACGUUCAUCCCUUCAUGAUCAUUUUCUUGAAAUUGGCUCUAUUUGAAAUGCAUUGGUUCCUGGUACAUGUGAACAUAGGGCAGAGAUCCUGUGUCUGUUUAUGUUGGUGAAUGUGGUUACUCAGGGACAAUAAAGUGUGCGUGUGCGGUCUCAAGUCUCUAACACCAGUACUUUAUUAUUAAUAAUUGAUUAAAGAUGAGUUUCUGUUUGGAUUUUUUUUUCCCCCAACCGUUGCAUAUAUAUAUAUAUAUAUAUAUGUAUGUGUGUAUGGGGGCUUGUUUUUGUUCAUUGUGAUCAUUGUUGAGGUUUAAGCCCGUCACCAUUUUGUGUUGUCUUUUUGUUUUUGUUUGGUUGUUUGUUUUUUUUUAGUUACUUCCUAUUUAUAUAAAGUAGGAGUAUAAAACAAUAUACGUCGAUAAAGUCAGUGUCUUGUGAGAGAUUUUAUAAAACGCUACAUUAGCUACACCUAUUUAGUACACGUGUCACUUAAAUUAAUUUAACUAGAUAUUAAUGAACCCCCUCCCUCCUUUUAGAUUUUUGAAUAAGAAAUCGUGGGCUGACUAAAUAUUUGCAAUGAUAAUUGAACAGUAAUAAAAUUAAUCGGAAACCGUG